AUGCCGUCCGCCAUAGAGACCCCGGUUCGCCAACCAUCACCAGAGGUGAUGCUCAUCUCCAAGGUGGCUCCCCACAUGAUGGACGACGAGGCCCUGUCCACGGCCGCCGCCAUCCUCGACAUCAUCUGCCGCUACCGCAUCCGGCGGCCGCACGAGACCUGCCCGGCCGAGCUCGAGGGCCGCCUCGGCUUCCUCUCCCAGAUCUACCGGAAAGUCAAGGCCCGCGCCCAGAUCCGCAUGUGCCUCCCCGCCUUCCCCUUCAAGUCCCCCAACACAAGGGACAAGGUCCUCAGCCGUCUGCCCGACAAGGCCGAGGAGUUCUCGCUCGCCAACCUCAACGGCCUCUGCUCCGCCAUCAAGGACUUGUACGAGCCCGGCGCGAAGCUCACCAUCAUCUCGGAUGGACUGGUGUACAAUGACCUCCUCGGCGUCCCCGACAAGGAGGUCUGGGCAUACGGAGAGACGUUGCGUGGCCUCGCUGCCGAGAAGAACCUGACCAACAUUGAGUUCUCGCGCCUCCAGGACCUCGUCCACCUGCCCAACCUCCCCAGCAGGCUCGAGGAGAUCACAUACGUCGCCAACGCCACCAACUUCCGCCGUGCCCUCCUCAACACCUUUGGACGCGCCGACUACGACCCCUCCAAGGAGAUCUCCCAGAACCAGGACACCUGCCUGACAUAUCGCGGGUACAUAAAGUUCCUCGAGACCGACCUCCGUCACGUCUACCCCGUCGGAGAGGACCGGUCCAAGACCAAGUUUAAGACGGGCAUCGAGUACAUCUCGAAGCAGAUGCUCCAGCGUGGUGAUGCCUUCGCCCGCGCCGUCCGCGAGAACUUCCGCGACCACAUCCGCCUCUCCAUCCACCCUUCCACCGGCGAGAACAAGAUCCCCAUCAGCCCGCUGCCCACCACGAGCUACUACACCACCCCCUGGCACUGCUCCAUCGCCUUCGACCUCAACGGCGCCGUCACCACCGGGCCCCGCUCCGACUUCGAGAACGACCCCAAGUACGAGCUCGUCCACGAGGACGGCCGGCCCAGCUACUUCCGCGAGGCGAGCGACCUGCUGCGCUGGAAGUCCGACGUCACCUUCGAGCCCAUGUACCCCUGCGGCCUGCUCAUCCGCCCGGCCGCCGGGCCCAAGAAGCUCUCCAUCCACGACGUCGAGGCCGACAAGGUCCGCGCCCUGGCCGAGGUCAACUCCCCCGUCGUCCUCAGGGGCUUCUCCAAGACCAAGGACCGCGACCUGUUCGUCAAGAAGGCCGAGGAGUUCGGCAGGCCCUUGCCCUGGAAGUUCGGCCUCGUCCUCGAGGUCAAGGACCAGGGCGCCGACACCCGCGGCCUGAACAACGUCCUGUCGUCCGAGUGGAUGCCCUUCCACUUCGACGGCCUCUUCAAGACGCACAAGGUGCCCCAGCCAGACGGCACCGAGAAGCUUCUCCCCAACCCGCCCAGAUUCCAGCUCUUCACCUCCAUCACCCCCUCGCCGAGCGACACCGGCUUCACCCUCUUCACCCCCUCGCGGCUCCUCUUCCAGAACCUGCCCGCCCACCUCCCCCUAUCGAGGCUCCGCGAGCUCACCUGGAACGUCCAGACCAGCUCCUUCGACUCGACCAAGAUGACCGGCCUGCCCCUCGUGGUCCCCCACCCGACGACCGGCGAGCCCUGCCUGCGCUACCACGAGCCCUGGCCCGAGACCAAGACGGCCUUCGACGCGACCUACGUGUCCAUCGACGACGUCGGCGAGGCCGAGAGCGCCGACGUCUGCGACACCAUCGACUCCCUGCUCCACGACCGCAGGAACACGCUCUACUUCGCCUGGGAGCAGGGCGACCUCCUCGUCAGCGACAACAUCCUAGCCAUGCACACGCGCAGCGACUUCACCGCCGGGUCCCCGAGGGAGAUGUGGCGCAUUCACUUUGACUAG